ACAUUAUUUCAUGUCGCAUAAAAAUAAAAAAUAAAAUUUAUAUUUGUACAUCGAGAUGCUGGGUUCAAUACUGAGUAAGCUGUCAGUGGCUCUUAGAAACCCAACAGCAAGAAGAUCUGCAUAGAAAUAUAAAUAACAUUAAAUGUCAAAGUGCAGAACUGAGAAACAGUGUGCUGUGAAGAUCCAUUUGGAGGUUUUUAGUACAUACCUCAUCCAUCUCUAGUAGAGUAAUAUCUAAUAAGACUUUACAAGUGCUUUAAAUCAUGGAAGCAAAUGCAGUUUUUGAAACUGAAGAUCAAAUCAAAUUGAUAAUAGCCUGUGGCCAAGGACAUAUAUGGAAUGUUGAAGAUGUAAAAAUGGCAUGGACCAAAUAUAGAAUUAUUGGUUGUCUUGUUGGAUCUUUGCCAAGGAACCCUCACCAAUCUUCUAUGAUGGGCCUUCCUCUGAAACUUAUGCCAGAGGAAGUUACUUUAUUACUGGAGAAAAGGUUUGCAAAGCCUGUUACAUACCCAGAAAUGACUGAAGAACCAUCCAGUAUAAUAAAGAAUACAUUUAAACAGCAUAGACAAAAGUGUUAUCAGGAACAAAUUAUGGCAGCUCUUCAACAACGUAAACAUGAAAUUGAAAACAUUGCAGAUACAAUUCUUGAAGGAAAACGCAAGAAAUUUGAACUGAGGAAAAAAAAUAAACAAGGAUCUGCACAAAAUUAUAAUUUUUUACUCACAAAAGAAAAAGUUAUUGAGGAAGAAAUUCGAAAAAUCCAGACAUUACCAGAGCAUUUACAAGUUAUAGAGGUGUUUGCUGAAAGUCCUAUGGUAGGCAUGUUGAAAUCUGAAGUGGCAAAGUGGUCAUUUCCCACAAAUAAUAUGGAAAAGCUGAGAUAUGCAGUGUUCAAAGACCUUUGGGAACAGAAUUAUUAUCUAACAACAGGGGUCAAAUUUGGGGGUGAUUUUCUAGUGUACCCAGGAGACCCUCACUUGUUUCAUGCAACAUUUAUUGUCAAGUGUGUAAUGGACGUGCAGUGUGUGGAUCAGUGUGAUCUAGUGUCUUGGUCUCGUAUUGGUACUGCUACCAAGAAAACCCUUGUCUUAGCUACUUUUGAUCAAUCUGAGCAAGUGUCUUAUAAGUCUUAUCAGUGGGUAGAGAAUGAAGCUAAUUGAUAGAUAAAUUUACUAGUAGUAAUACCUUACAGUAUAUACAGUACAUAGUCUAUUUAGUCAAGUUGAAGGUCAUUUUUUUAAAUUUAUAUUUGGAAAUGUUUGUUAAGUUUCCUAAAAGCAUUUUUGAAACAAAUAAAUUGUCAUAAGACCCCAUGCAGUAUAUUGUGCAAGUCAGCACCUAUUUGCAUUAAAUGUUUUGUAAAAAAAAUGAUUUUAGAUUAAAAGCAAAAUAAUUAAAGGAAUUUUUAGUUUUAUCAGAAAGGUAUAACCUUCAAGGCCACACACCUUCACCCACACCAUUCCAACCAGCAACUUCCACCCACACAACUCUUCCCAUGGCCACACCUUCACCCACAGAAUUCCAACUAGUAACCUCCACCCACACAACUCCCACAUGGCCAUACCCCUUCACCCACACCAUUAUAACCAGUAACCUUUUCCCACACAACUUCCACACAUCUUCACCCACACCAUACUAACCAACCACCUACCUCUACAUGACCCACCCACCCAAUUCCCUCUGUGGCACAUGCCUGCACCUACACCAUUUCCCCCACCAUCAACACCAGGCCGCCGACAUGGCCACCUACACAGUCACCAUCACACUGCCUCAUUGCUUCCCAACUCAACCUGAUCAAUUGGCCUGGUCGAGGACUGGGCUGUGGGGGCGUUGACCCUCAAAACGGUCUCUAAGUGGGUAGACAUCCAUCCACUGCCCAGCAUUUUUCACUUCCCAACACCAGCUUCCAGCUCCUGCCCCCACCCCACCACCAGUUUUCACCUUCCACUACAACAGUCCCUCAAUCCCUCACCCCUACACUGAACCCACUCACUUCAACCACUGUAACCCCUCAGUGUACACCCCAACCAUUCUAGCCCCUCCUUUAUAAAGAAUAUAAAGGCACAAUACUAUGACUGGAACAAUACACAAAUAACUCGUAUAGGAGAAUGAAACUUGUGAUGACAUUUUAGUCUGAUGUGUGACUAGUUAUUGGACCAAGCUGGAUGAAAAAUCAUUGUAAGUGCACCCUCCUUUACAACUCCCAUACAGUUGCAACUAGUAGGACAACCAAAUACAGUAAUAAAAUUGCCCUGUCUGCUAGCAGAGAUGUGGUGGCAGGAUCUUUAAUGCACAUCACCACAUCAACUUCCAAUUAUAUUAUUAUCAUUGUUUUUACAAUUUUGAGAUCUAUAAAAAAUUUGGUUAACCGUUUUGGGGGUAUAAUGAAUAUAAUUUAUUUUCCCAUAUGUUCCUCAGUUUAAACUACUACUUUUAUACACGCUGUUUUCAGAAUUAACUACUGUGUUAUCCGACAGUCUACUGUAUUUUCCACUAUAAA